AUGUGCACCAUGCAGAAGAUGAUGAACAUGAGUUCCAAGAUGAUUGGAAUGAAACCUACAUGGAUACCUACUACGAAAAUGAUGAUUGAUCAAUACUAUGAAUGUGAUGAAGAAUGGGAUGAAACAUAUUUUGGUUCACAAGUUGACUGGUCUCCCACUGCCUCUGAGUGGAAUCCGAGCGAAGCUGCCGUCGAAGACGAGUCGCUCUUCGAUGUGGAGGAGUUCGAUUCCGUUUACUCUGCAUAUGCCGAUGCCAAGAGCCGACUUGCACAGUUGCGCCAAAGCCGUGGCUUCUACCCGGUUGUGGCACUGGUGGACGGCAAGGGUUCCAGCAUGUCUCAAGGUGGGGGUAGUUCAAAGUCAAAAGGUCAAAGUAAGAAAGGAUCCAAACAGUCACCAUAUCCACCAAAGGGAAAAGGUAUCAAACCAAGAGGAAAAGCCAUAGCGGGGGAUCUAGUUUGUUUGAGAUGUGGCAAGACUGGCCACAAAGCUGCAAACUGCAAGAGCUCUUCUGCUGCUGCCUCUGGUGCCUCCUCUCCUGCAAAGAAGCGCCCCAUCGACCUUGAUCCGAUGGUGAACAUGGUCUUCCAAGCUUCUGGCGAUGAGUUCCAUGAGAUUGAGGAGACCUACAUGCAAGGCGAAUCUGUGGUGCGUGCUGGUGGAUGGGUGACAAAGGAGCCCGACAUGUGCAUCCAAGACCAAGGAGCCUCUUCUUUCCUUGCUGGCAGCGAGUACAUCUUGCGAUAUCUGAAAUGGUUGGAAGUUCAGGGAUACCCCAUGAACACCAUCUCCUUCAAGAAGUGCAACAAAUCUUUUCGUUUUGGCGGCGAUGCUGACGGGCACGCCCGCUGGAUGGUUGAGUUGCCCGUGCACUUCGCCAACAUUUCAGGUCGAAUGCAGUGCUUCAUCGUGUUCGGAGCCACCCCAAUGUUGCUUGGACGCCCAGUUCUUGAACAACUUGGUGCUGUAGUGGAUUUUGGAAGUGGCAAGAUGCGCAUCCUUGGUGGCCGAUGGACCGAGAUCGAACGUGGCAAGCAGGAUGCGAUGCUUCUGCGACUUGCUGCAACCUUCAACUCCAUCGAGGACUUCGAGAACCCGCAGUUCGACCUCAGAGCCAAGGAUGAUGACCGCGAUGAUGCAUGCUCUCUGCAAGACUUUUUGCAAGAUCUACGUGCUGCUGAGCGCUACGAGGAAAUGAUCUCCGAGGUCCAAUUCACCGACGACGCCUCUGAGAAUGAGUUCGUUGAUGCUGAGACCUAUGUGAAUGUGGAUGAGCAGGUCCCUGAGGAGCACUUUCAUGCCCAUGAGCUGACCGAACGCACUCAAUGCUCAAUGUCGAAGACCUGGUCAUGGAUUCAGGGUCAACUGGUUGAAACCUCCAAGAAAGCAGCCCAACUUGCCUAUGAAGCUCGAUGCCAACCUCACCCACGAAAGAAGCUCAUUUGGGAAGACUACAGUGGCACUGGACUUUUAGGCGAACAAGCUGAACGCCUUGGUGCCGAUGUGAUGCGUUUUGGACUCAACAAUGGAUGGGACUUCUCCAAAUUGGCACAUCGAAAACGUUUGAUGGAACUGGCCUAUGAGCUUGAGCCGGAUGAGAUCUACAUGUCUCCCAAGUGCACACUUUGGUCUCCCAUGCAGGCCAUCAACAUGCGUUGUGAAGCUGAUUGGGAUGAACUUUGGGAGCGUCGUGACUUCGACCAUGAGAUCCAUCUGAAGUUUUGCAAGAAGCUGUACUGGUUUCAGGUGAAACGUGGAGCUCAUGCACACAUUGAACAUCCACACCGCAGUGCUGCCUGGGAAACACCAGCCUUUGCCAAACUUCCAGGCAACCAUCAACAUGCCCGACUUGAAGGUGGAAGCCGUUGCAAGAAGGCUGAGAAUUACCAAUGCGAGCUUGCCUGGAAUUUAGCUCGUGCCCUUCUUGAAGAUGAGGGUUUGUCGGAACAGGCCUAUGCUGCCCAACAAGACGCCGAAGCUCAAGAGCUGACUGGAGUUCUUCGAAAACUUGGCACAAAGCAUGGCUCUGAAGCGGUGCGCAUUGCCUACCGCCUCCAUCGAAACCUUGGGCAUCCGAGAAAGGACACUUUGGUCCGCAUGCUGCAGGCCAAGAAUGCAGACCCAAAGGUCAUCGCUGCAGCCGAAGCCCUUGAGUGCCCCUACUGCAACAAGUUUUCUUCCAGGAAGCAAUCAGCUCCAGCUCAUGCCGAGCGUCCCAUGGACUUCAAUGAGCAGCUUCAGGCCGACACCUUGUGGUUUGAUUUGAGCUCAGUUGAGCCUGAUGCCCCUUCUGACAAAGCUUCCAAGCGGAAGAUUGGCAUGUUGGUCAUGGUUGAUUCCGCAACUCGCUUCAUGGCUGUGCGAACCAUUCCUGAUGAAUCAAGCAACUCCCUCAUGAAAGCAGUUGAACGUGAAUGGAUUCGCUACUUUGGCCCUCCGAAGCAGCUGAGCGUUGAUGAAUGGUCUGGAUGGGGCAGUGACGCUAUGAUGCAGUGGUCUGGUGACCACGACAUAGAGAUGAAGAUUUCCCUUGGGCAAAGUCAUUCACGAACUUCAAUUGUGGAGCGAAGACAUCAACUCCUUCGCAAAGCACUUUCCAUCUUCAUGACAGAAAAUGGACUACGUGGCCUGGAUGGACUUCACACGGCCUUGAACUGGACAGUGCCCACAUUGAAUCAAUGCACCUUUGUGAAUGGAUUUACUCCUAUGCAACUUGCCCUGGGAAAACAACCGAACAUGCCUGGACUCAUCUCUGACGAGCGCACUGGUCCAAUUCAACUUCAACAAACUGAACAAGAUCGACUACGACGACGACUUGAACUCAAAGCAAGUGUGCAAAAUGCAUGUGCUGUUGCGGAGAUUGACGUCAAACUUCGACGUGCUCUACUCCGACGCUUUUCAGGUGCUGAUGAAGAUCUACAGCCAGGUGAACGAUGUCUUUACUGGCGAGAAGUUGGCAAUCGAUUCCACACGGUUCAGUGGAAAGGCCCUGCAACGGUCGUUGCUGUCCAACGAGACCCAGACACUGGCACCAUUGACACCUAUUGGAUUGCCCACGGCACUGUGCUCAUCCGUGCCGGACGUCAACAUGUUCGACGACUUGUUGGCCAAGAAGGUCUUGUCAAUGGAGCUCAACGUGCUGAACAAGCCAUCGCUGGUCUCCGUCAACGUCGAGUUGUCCGAACAGCCGACUUGCGGCGCAUCAACAAGCACACCUUGGAGGAGCUUGAGGGUGAGAUCUCUGAUGGAAUUUUUGAUGAGCCCUCUCCAAAGAAAGCCAAGACCAACCAUCCUCCUGAUCAAGGUGAGCAAGAUGCCCCGGCAGCACGACCUGAAUCAGUGCGAUCACUUUCCUAUGAGCCAACUGAACCCAUCGAUGAUUUGCCAAAAGAUCCUGCUGAAGAUCCACCUCUACCUGUGGCUGAUCCGUCUUCUGGCUUGGAUUUGCCAACGGAUCCCGGCUUGGACUUGCCGGAAGAGUCAAGGCGCUUGGAUUCGGAUUUGCGCGACUCUGUAGAGCCACAAUCCUCACAGCAAGCUGAAGCAACAGCAGCACCCUCCAGCGGAGAGGCAGGUCCUGGACUUAUGCCUGAACCUCCUCCACAAGAUGUUCCAAUCCCUGACGGUGAUGACAGUGAAGCUGAUCAGCCCACCAUUGCAGCUGACAACACCGUCACCCAAUCUUCAAUGCCUGAGGCACCUCCACAACUUCCUGGACUUUCCUUUGCUGAACGCCGACGGCAACAUGAACGAAGUGAGACUUCUUGGAUGCGAUCUCCAUUGUGGCCACUGGUGCAUGAUCACCCUGAUCCUCAAAGCCCUGGCAAUUCAAAGCGUGCCAAGCACCGUGAAUCGGUCAACAUCGCUGUCGAGCUCUUUCCAAAUGGCUGUGAAGGCUCAACCAACCUUCCAGCUGGAUGGCACUAUGAUCCGAAAACCCAUGAGAUCUACCUUGGUUCCACAGCAGAUUUUUGGAGCUUUGAAGAUGGAUUUUUGGUUAGAAACCAUGUUUGGUCAAGGGAUUGCACUUUUCAUACAACAGAUUUUCCCUUGCCUGCCGAGAAGCUCCAGACCACAAAUGGCCUGACAAUGAGACGCAACAGCCGCAUUAUCCUGGUCAACGAGGAGCAGCCUGCCCCUGCGGGUGACGAACCAUGGUUUGGAAAGACCUUGUACCCACUGACCAAAGAUGCUGCAGCUGAGUUUGGCCAAAACUACGUUGGCGACCUGUCCAAGAAGUUCAACAACAAAACCAUCCGAAGCCGUGGCCAUAUCUGGUCUGCCCAAGCUGCGCCCAAGAAGAAGAACGUCAAGGAGUCAGCUGACCUGAAGGAAAGCCGAAUGAGUCUUGAAGACCGCCUGGCGUUCAUCGAGGGCAAGAAAGCUGAGUUGGCCUCCAUUUUUGAGAAUCAAGUUUGGGAGAUUGAGCUCCAUCCUGAGAAGGUCGAUUGGAACCGCGUGAUGAAAGCACGGUUUGUGCUGAAGUGGUCUGCCGACAACAAUGGCAACCCACGCGCAAAAGCACGUUUGGUUCUUCAAGGAUUUUCUGAUCCAGAUCUACUACGAGGAGAGCUUGACACAUCUUCCCCUACUUUGAGCCGAUCCUCACGGCAGAUUCUCUUGGCCAUUGCAACUUGCAAAUCCUGGCUUAUUUUCAUUUCUGAUGUUGCGACAGCAUUUCUUCAAGGCGAUCCACAGAAGCGAAUUUUGUGGGCCAGAAUUCCCAAAGACGCUUGCCAGCUGAUUGGUGUGCCAGCCGGUACACUGAUGCGACUUCUCAAACCCAUUUACGGGCAAGCCGAUGCUCCAAGAAGAUGGUUUCAAGUUGCCCGCAGAAGAUUGAUUGCUGCAGGGUACCAACCACAUCCACUAGAUCAAUGCCUUUAUUGCCUUUUUCAUGGUGAUCAAUUGGUUUCAAUGAUCGGCAUUCAUGUCGAUGACCUCAUCGGUGCUGGACUUGAAUCCGAUGAAGUCUACCAGAAGGCAAAACAGGCUCUUCAUGAGAGUUUCAACUUCAAACAUUGGACUGAAGGAAAAGAAACUGGUCAACUGCAGUUUUGCGGUUGUGACCUUGAGGCUGAUGGAAACGGUGGCUGGUGGUUGCGCCAACAGGCGUACGUCCAAAAGAUCAAACCUUUGACCUUGAGCGAUUCAGAUGAGAAUCGUGAAUUGACUGUCAAAGAACUGACAAUGCUCCGUGGACUUCUAGGAGCGCUUCAAUGGCCAGCAACCCAGACUUCACCGCACCUCAGUGCAAGAGUGAGUCUUUUGUGUGGCGAAGUGAGCGCCGCAGCAGUUUCCACAGCUACCCAAGCAAACAAGCUGCUUAGAUUUGCCAAAGCCAACAGCGACGUUGGACUCCAAUUUUCUGACCUUGGCCAGCUACAUGAGCUUUGCAUGAUAGCCUUGAGUGAUGCAGCCUGGGGCGUUCGGAAGAACCAUGAGUCCCAAGGCGGCUACUUUGUUUUGCUGAUGAAUGUGAAAGCACUGCAAGGUCAAUUGGACCAACCCUACGUUGUUUUGGACUGGCGAAGCUACAAGCUCCCCAGAAUCAGCCGCAGUAGCCUCAACUCUGAAGCACAAGCAUGCGCUGGUGCAAUGGAUGCUCUUGAGUAUCUCCUGAUCUUCUGGCAUGGAUGUGUGACUCCUGGCUUUGAGUUGCGCCAUUUGGACGUCCACGACAUCCAAAUGCAGUCAGCCUUGGUGGUCGAUGCGAAGGUCAUGGUUGUGAAACAGAAAAUGGAUGAGAUGAAAACGAAACUGAAAUGGGUUUCAUCAGAGACCCAACUGGCAGACGGUGUUGCCAAAAUUGCAGCACGGCAAUUGCUUGCUGACCGCUUACGGUCCCAUGUCUUCUCCCUGCACUCUGACCAGAGCUUCCAAGCAGCAAAGAAGAAAACUCUUGCUGAACGACAAGCUUCAGCUAGACGCAAUGCGAUUGGUCGUUUGCAGAAAGGCAUUGGUUUUGCAGUGCUGACAAAUCAACUUGAGCCAGUUCGAGGUGAUGAUUUUGCAGAAGUUUCAAACCUCAAGAAUGCUCUGGUCACUGAUGAGACCUUUUGCGUGAACGACAAAGACGAAAGAAUCCAAGAUCUUGAAAGUUUGGUUCCCUACUACGAGCAAGAUGUGACAUCAACCUCUUUGUUUGUGAGCCGAAAUGGAGCACGAUACCAUUUGCAUCGUGAUUGCCGAGCGCUUUUACAAGCGAAUCAAACCGGCAUACGAGAUUUGAAAUGCUGCAGCCAAUGCAUUCAGACGUUGCGUGACAACAGCAACCUGGGUGGUUGGAACCACCACAUGCAGCUGCAGAACCACAUUGGGCGUUCUCGACGCGGCCUCUUUGGCUUUUACGUGUCUUGCCUCUGGACAACGAUUCCAGAGGGCCUUCUUUUGAGCCUAGCAUUCGAAGCUACGCAUGACAAAACAGAUAGCACUCCUGCUUUGCAUUUCGUGUUUGCACUUAGAGCGGCAUAA